AUUACCUACCUUCCACUAGAGAUAUCAAUGCCGUAUCGGUGGAGACAAUGCAUUGAAUGUGCCAGAUAAUUCGCGUCCGUCUUCGAAACAGGUCUGCCGACGGCUAUGCCAUCGAAGUACACGAUGCCGCCGGCACUGGUCUUUGCUCUUAUGCUUGCCUGUGCCUCCACUGCCACGAAAGCGGCCGCCACCUGCGACCUGGCUAAGGUUCAUGCCUGCUACGAGGACAUCAUGGACAGCGUACCCCUGUUCUUCGCCUCCCGUGCACAACAUGGGGACGCGGCGGUCACAUUCUGCAGCCACUACUGGGAGUACUCGUCGUGUUCAGGCAAAGCGGAGACGAAGGCCUGCCGAGGAGAGGAACUGGUCGAUCGGAUGGAGCGCUUCUACCGAGAAGUGAGCGCCGAGCUCUGCGGGGACUCGCAACAUCGGUUGCUCAAGAGUUUCGAGGUGGUCGGUGACUGCAGCCCGUUGGACGUAAUCAGGCAGUGCGCGACACAACCGCUUGACGUGUUCUUCAGAAACGGGAGCACAGCCACUGCUUGCAGCGCCUUAAAGGGAGAACUGGUGCGGUGCCUCUCGGAGCCUGCCAGUGUGUGCGGCCGUCCAGUAGAGCGGGCCGGGCUUGCCACUCGCUCAAUCGCCGCCUUCCUGCGUUGGUACGGGUGCCGGGACGCAGCCGAGGCGCAGCCCACAACGAGUCCUAGGCCGGUGGAUCCGUUCCUGGAGGAGUGUCCCUUCCAACUACACGAAAUGUGCAUGGCGCAGAGCAUGGACGUGGCGAGGGCCCUGCUCCUAUUUUACGGGCAGCCCCACCGGAAACUGAGCAAAUUCUACGAAGAGCUGUGCGGGGCAGAGCCAGCUCCGUGCCAGCCCCAGGACGGCCUGGACAAGUGCACACGCAAGCAGAGGGACACGAUGCACCGCUUCCACCUGGCCAUGGUGGCUGCGCAGCAAACCCUGUGCACCGCACCACCAGCGCUGCUGGCCAACCUGACGGCGACGAGCUCAUGCUGGGACGAGAAGAUGUUCCGCGAAUGCACCCUGGGCGACUCCAGCAAGCCUCUGGGUCGACACCUGCUGGGAGUGGCCAGGACGGACGAGCAGUGCAGACUUCUACGCUCCAGCUGGUCCGGAUGCCUGGAACGAAGCUACUCCCGCCUGCGCCGAUGCGAGGAGACGCCCGAUGUGCAGGGUGCGCGUGGCCUACUCUUGGACUUCCUCGACAGGUUACAGCCGUGCGCCGACGGCGCGAAAGCGCGGAAAUAAAUGUUCCCUCGAUUGUCCGCUGAACAACUCUCGUCUUGUGGAUCUGCUCACUGUUGGGAGCCAAGGUGGUGUGCAGAGGAAAUGCUUCCGCAGCUGCUCCAGGAAGGUUACCGAUGGCAAAAAUAAACAUUAUAAAUA